CAUAAUCUUUUGAGAAUCACAGAACAAAUACAUGUCAUUGCCAGCAAAUUGGAGACAAUUACAGCUCUUUGAUGUGCUACCCAUCAGGGAUCCUAAUUUCAAUACUGGGGAUGCCUUGUACUCGAGUCCCACGUUAUCCGAAAUCGAGGCGACCCAAAACUACAUGGUGAUCACGAUAAAUGGCUGCUUUGUAAAGAUAAUCUCAAAACAGUUCACCACCCUGAAGUCAUUUAUGGCUUAUGAUACUGACUUUAGAAUAAGCUUCCUUAGAUCACUUCCCAAGUCUGAUUUGUUGGUGACAAUCGCUGAGAAACAGGGUUCUCCAUCUGUCCUUAAGUUAUGGGACUUAAACAAAUUAGUGUACUUGGAGAUAGAUUCAUCCAAAGAAGAUCCGAUAGAUAUCGUGAAAAGAAAAUUCCAAACACAGGUGUUGAUUCAAAAUGGUGACAAUUCCUACCCGAUGAGUUCUUUUACUUUCAAUGCUGACUUUACCUGUCUUGCAAUCGGUUACACGAAUGGUAAGGUUCUUUUGGUCAGAGGUGACUUGAUCAGAGAUAGAGGUGCUAAACAGAGGCUUAUUUAUGAGUCACCAGACCCCAUCACCGGGUUGCAUUUCAAUGAAUUCCAUGAAUUAUUGUAUGUCACUACUACUUCAAGAAUCCUCACCGUCCCAAUCACCGGUAGAAACCAAGGUAAGCCUUUAAAUGUUCUUUCCAAGAAAACAGGAGUUCCAUUACAGUGCUCUGUGAUUGAUCCGGGAAAGCAAGAAUUAAUAGUGGGGCUAGAUUCGUCUAUCAGAUACUAUAAUCAAAUAGGUAAGAGCCAUACCAUUAAUUUUGAGUUACGAAAGAAGAUAAUUUACAGGUAUACUAAGAACUAUUUAUUGAUGGUUUCUCCAAUGGAAGAUGUCAGUGGAUCUUCCCGAAAAAUGAGUACCAGGGUGGUAAUGAUUGAUCUUCAUUAUAAACAUAUAUCAUUCAGCUUAACCAUUCCAAACGUUGCAAUAAAUCAUGUUUUUGAAAUGUGGAAUGAUUUGUACUUGUUAAGCAGUGAUGGUAUGCUUUAUAAAUUACAUGAGAAACCUAUCAACCAACAAGUGGAAUUGACUUUGCAAAGAGAACUAUUCCAAUUAGCUUACCAAUUGGCCAAAAACUCCAACUUAGAAGUUAAUGUACUUCUCAAAAUCUGCAAAUUGCAUGGUAACUUCCUUUAUCAGAAGCAGGAUUAUGAAGCUUCCAUCUCUUCCUACAUCAAAUGUUUGAAAUACUUCACAAAUGAAAACUAUGUUGCUAACGAUGAUGAAGAAUCAUUGAAUGAUUUCAUCAUGACCAUCAUCACCAAAUUCAAGGAUGCUUCAAACAUUCAUGAUUUGACUGAGUUUCUUUACCAAUUAUAUAAUCUCAAAAUUGCCAGCAAUGAUCAUAUAACUUUGCUUUUAUGUUGCUACUGUAAAUUAAAGCAGGUUGACAAGAUCAGGGGAUUCAUAAAGGAGAUCAAUUUAUCGGAUGCAACCAAUAAUGCUGAUGAUAGUGAUAUCAAUGAGGGAAAAAAAGACUUUAGAAACAUAUUUUUGGACUUAGAUUUCCCUUUGAUAAUCAAUCUAUUCAAAGAAUGUGGAUAUUUUGAUGAAGUUAUAAGGCUACUCUAUGAAUUAAACCAACCAAACUUGAUUGUUGACAUUCAACUUAAUGAUUUAAAGAACCCACAACGGUGUUUAAACUACAUUCAAUCUUUGACCAUUGAUGACUUGUUGUUAGUCUUGAUUGACCACUCAAAAAGUUUAUUAGAUAACCUACCGAUUGAGACAACAAGGCUUUUGAUCAACGUAUUUACUGGUAAAUACGAGCCAAACCAAUCUACAAAGAUUUUGGACAGCAAUAACUCGAAGUCUGACAGUUCUACUACCAAAGAAAAGUCUUAUGAAAGAGAUGAAGGCAUGUUCCCAUUGAACAGCUAUAAAGCCUUUUUGGUAUAUUUAUCUGGAAAAGAAUCAGAAGACGAUGAAAUGACCAUAAGCUCUUUAAAUGGUGCUAGUGAGCCCACCUACCUUCCUCCAAGACCAAGCUUGAUCUUUCCAAGCUUCAUUAAUAACCCUAACGAAUUUGUCAUAUUUCUUGAAGCUUGUAUUGAAGCAUUUGAUAAAUACCAAGGAAGUACUAAAGAUCAGAAAGAGUUAUUGAUAACUUUGCUCGAAAUGUACUUGUCGCUUUCAAAGAAAGACAAGCACAACUAUGAAGAAUGGCUUAACAAAGCAAAGCAAUUAGUUGAUCAAUAUUCUACUCUACUUGAUGAAUCGUCCUUACUACUUGUUUCUCACUUGUAUGGUGUCGAUGGAGAACUCAAGUUUACUAGAGAAGAAGGUUUUGAAGAGACAGAAUUCCGCACCUCCCAGUUAAGCGGUGAUGUCAAGAGGUGUUUUGAAAUCACAAAGACAUAUGGAAAUAAGAAACCACAAUUGUACAAGAUGCUUCUCCGGUUUGUCAUAUCUCGUGAGGAAAUAUUCAAGCAGAUUGACCGUCAACAGUUCAAUUUUAUUAUCAACCAGUUACGGACUUUGAAGUUGGCAUCUCCUUUGGAGAUCAUUCAAAUUUUAGGUUCAACUGAGUUUACUACUAUUGGCUUGAUAAGAGAUUAUUUGAUUGAGACUCUCGAUACAGCCAAGCAAGAGAUCACCAACAAUGAAAAACUUGUAGAGUACUACGAAAAGGAGUCCAUCAAGAAUAGUUACAAAAUCACCGAGUUGAAAACCAAGCCCUUUGUUAUCCAGCAAAAUAAAUGUAGUGCUUGCAAUUUGAAGCUAGACUUCCCAGUUAUUCAUUUCAAAUGCAAACACUCAUUCCAUCAGAGAUGCUUGAACGACACCUACUUAAGUAACAACGAGUCACUUAAUGCCACCCCUACUUGCUCCAUCUGUAUCAAUGAUAUUGAUCUGAUUCAAACUUUGAGAGAUGAACAGUUCAGAGCCAAGGAUGAAGUUGAGUUGUUUGAGCUGACCUUGAAGGAAUCUUCGGACAAGUUUAAAGUGAUUUCUAACUAUUUGGGUAAAGGAGUUAUGGAAAAUGAGUUCGUGCAGAUUACCAACGAUGUUUGAGGUGUAGAUUUGCACGCAAUAAUAUUUUAUAUUUUUCGCAACCGCAUCUGGGUGGAGAUGUCUCAAGUGUUUCAUGUUUGAUGUUUGAAACAAAACCCCCACUUAUAAACCAAUUAUAUAAACCCCUGGGAUUUUCCACGAGCUUAAAAGUCUUAUUGAAAAGUAAUAGUCUGCAAUGGUUAAUAGAAACAAACGUAAUUUGGAAAUCAGUUCCAUUUA